UGCGGAUUUUGGGUGAGACGUGACGAGCGGUGGUUCGACGGGCGGCCGUGUGGGCCGAUUCGCCCCAGUGGAAGAGGCGCUGCAGACUCGGCUCUACCAGCCUGGCCUUCCUCCGCGGAGACACUCUACGCGUUGUUUAGAACAUGCGGCCUGCCAGGCGCCUAGUUACCAUCAAGAGGAGCGGGGUGGACGGUCCCCACUUUCCCUUGAGCCUCAGCACCUGCUUGUUUGGAAGGGGUAUCGAAUGUGACAUCCGUAUCCAGCUUCCUGUAGUGUCCAAACAACAUUGCAAAAUUGAAAUCAGUGAGCAGGAGGCAAUUUUAUAUAAUUUUAGCUCCACAAAUCCAACACAAGUAAAUGGGUCAGCUAUUAAUAAGCCUGUACAACUAAAACAUGGAGAUGUAAUAACCGUUAUUGAUCGAUCUUUCAGGUAUGAAAAUGACAGUUGUCAGAAUGGAAACAAAUCAACGGAAUUUCCAGGAAAAAUACAAAAACAGGAACCAUCACAUCGAGUCUCAAGAUCUAGCUUAUCUUCUGAUGCUGAUAAAAGUGAGGGGGGGCCAUUGAAACGAAGGCGUGUAUCCUUUGGUGGUCACCUACGACCAGAAUUGUUUGAUGAAAAUUUGCCUCCAAAUACCCCUCUCAAAAGAGGAGAAACACCAACAAAACGAAAGUCUCUGGUCACUCACACCCCAACAACCGUCCUGAAGAAAAUUAUCAAGGAACAGCCUCAACCAUCAAGCAAAGAAGAGUCUGCUUCUGAAAUCCAUUUGGAAAUGACAGCACAAAACGUGUAUGUGAGCUCUCCAGCUCCUGGGCCUGGUACUGGUCCUGGCCCUAGGACAACUCCGGUUACAAAUGAUCAAAGCUGUAGAUCAUGCAAGGCAUCCUUUGUUUCCAGUGGCAGCAAAUCUCAGACAGAUAUUCCUAAAAGAGGAGGGAGGAAGAGUGGCAACCUGCCUUCAAAGAGAACUUCUAUCAGUCGGAAUCAACAUGACAUUUUACAGAUGAUUUGUUCCAAAAGAAGAAGUGGAGCUUCUGAAGCCAAUUUAAUUGUUGCAAAAUCAUGGGCAGAUGUUGUAAAACUUGGCGCAAAACAAACACAAACAAAAGUUGUGAAACGUGCAUCUCAAAAGCCAGUAAACAAAAGACAGAGAAGACCCAACACUCCGAAGAAGCCUAUGGACAAUGUUCACCAACAGUUUAGCACAGGCCAUGCAAACUCUCCUUGUACCAUAAUAAUAGGAAAAGCUCACAUUGAAAAAGUAAACGUGCCUGCUCAGCCCUACAGAAUGCUGAACAACUUUGUUUCCAACCACAAAUUGGACAUUAAGGAAGAUCUUUCAGGACUAAGUGAAAUGUUCAAGACACCAGUGAAGGAGAAACCACAACCGAUAAGCUCAUGUCCUGUUGCUCUUUCAAGUUCAGAGAAUUUGCUUGGAAAAAAGUUACAAGUAACUAAGUCAGGAGAAGAACCUCUGCUAACUACUUCAGAGAAUUUUGGAGAAAAUUUGCUCUUGAGCACGCAGAAUGCACUAAAAGAGCUAUCUGAUAAAUAUUCUGCAAGCCCUACCUUAAGGCAGCAGUGUAUAAAAGAAAAUGACAAUGUUCUGAAAACUCCUAACACCUCUAGAGUGACUCCUGUUAAGAUGAAAACUUCAGAUAUGGAGCCAGAGGCUUCACAGACAGUGUCCAGUGCAACCAGGUUAAGGAGAUCUAUGGAGCUCAGAAAUAUAGUGAAGGUACCUAUAGAAAGUAAGAGUGAAGACACAGAAAGGGACAUUGAUAACAUCAUGGGAAGAGGUCUACAGAGGCCACCACUACGAGAAAAGGAAGUAGGAGAGAUGGAAGAAAUUGAAAGACCUGAAAAAAAUAUGGAAAUUAUCAAAUCAAAAGAAAAUUCUGAAAUGAUGGCAGCUGGAAGGGGAACUAGAAGUUCGGGGCAGACAUGUAAGCCAGCAUCUUUCCCAGCAGGCCUCGAGAGAUGCCCAGAGGGAGCCGCCACAAAAGAUGGGGUAGAUAGCCAAGCUCUCCUCCAAACACCACAUCACACCAAGGAACCAAUGAAUGAGAAGGCUCUAACUACUAAUGUGCACCACAGAUCUUUACAGCCAGAACCAAUCAACACUCCCACAAGCAUGAAGGGACGGCCCAAGACAUCUCUGGGAAAAGUGGACCUGAAAGAAGAGGUCCCAGCACUCAGCAGGCUCUCACAAACACCAGAGGAAGAUGUGCACACAGACAAAGAUAAAGGCACCAAAGUGCUUCAAGAGACUCCACGACAGAAAGUACACCCAGAGGACUGUGUAACUGGAAGAAAGGGGAGGCCCAGAGCACCCAGGGAAGAGGUCCAAUCUGUGGAA